AUCUAGGCUUAUAAAACUGUAAGUUAGUAUAUAUAUGCAUGUAUCUAACCUCUUUGUAAAAUCCAAAAGUUAAGAAGGGAGGAGGAAGAAAGAUGGUGUCUUGUGGGAGCUUUGCUCAGGUGUCCUCGAGUGACGACGAAGAGGACUCCCUAGCGAAGACGAGGUCUCAGGGACAGAACUCAAGGAGACCUGAGGAAACAAUGGAGGGAAAAAUGAGGAAGCGUAAGAAGGUGAGCCUGAACGAAGAGUCUGAUGGGGAAGAGGAGGAGACAGAGAGGAAGAGAAAGAAAGAUGACGAAGAAACGCCGCCGAAGGAAUUGGAGCCCGAUGACGCGAAACCGGUUGGUGAGCCGGUUAAAGUUACGGGUAGAGGAACCCAUUACGGGCAGUUCGAAUACGGCGGUAACAGAUACGAGCUGGAGGAUUCGGUGCUGUUGCAUCCAGAAGACACUAGUCUUGAGCCUUUUGUUGCCAUUAUCAAGGAUAUUACCAAAAAACAAGAUGGAAGGAUGAUGAUUCUGGGACAAUGGUUUUAUCGUCAAGAAGAUGCAAAGAAAAGGGGUGGGGGAAACUGGGUAGUAAAGGAUACACAUGAACUUUUCUACAGUUUCCAUCGUGAUGAGGUCCCAGCAGAAUCAGUGAUUGAAAGAUGCGUGGUGAAUUUUGUUCCAGCUCAUAAGCAACUUCCGAGAGGCAGAGGUUUUAUUGUGCGAGAGGUGUAUGAAACGGUUGGUAAGAAGCUGUGGAAGUUGACUGAUAAGGAUUAUGAAGUUGCAAAACAACGUGAAAUUGACCUCUUUGUGGACAAGUCAUUGGCGCGAUUGGGUGAUCUUCCUGACCUCUAA